UUGACGUGCCGUAGCGAUGUGACCAUCAUUCGCUCCAGGAGAAAGCUUCCUUAAAGCACAGACUCCUCCCGCAACAGAGCUGCGUGUUUUUUAAACACCAUCUCUGAUCGUCAUCUGUUCACACAGAAUGCUGUCCUUUGGAGAAGCGAAGCAGACUUUGGAAAGUGCGGGACAGGCUCACGUCCUGCAGUUCUGGCCGGAGCUCAGCGAGGAGGAGAGGGACUCCUUCCUGCGGGAGCUGGCUCAGCUGGAUCUGCGGGGACUGAGAGGUCACUGCGAGGCGGCCGCGGCGGCUGCAGCCUCACCGCCCUCCCGCAUGGACCGAGACAUGGAGCCGAUCCCCCCGGAGCUCAUUGGCAGCUCGAGGAAAAGCGACAGGAAGGCUGUGUGCCAGUGGGAAAGCGAAGGCCUGUUGCAGAUCUCAAAGAACUGUGUCGGUGUCCUGCUCUUGGCUGGAGGUCAAGGGACACGUCUUGGCGUUCAGUAUCCCAAGGGGAUGUACAACGUUGGUCUACCAAGCGGCAAAACUCUGUAUCAAAUUCAGGCAGAGCGCAUUCGCAAAAUCCAGCAGAUUGCAGACUGCAAGCACGGCACAGCAUGCUCCAUUCCGUGGUACAUAAUGACCAGUGAAUUCACUCUGGCUCCCACAAAGAAGUUCUUUGAAGAGAAUCACUACUUUGGCCUGGAGCCAGCAAACAUCAUCAUGUUUGAGCAGAGGAUGAUCCCAGCAGUGACCUUUGAUGGGAAGGUCAUCAUGCAGAGUAAAGGAAAGAUAGCCAUGGCUCCAGAUGGAAAUGGGGGUCUGUAUAAAGCACUGGUGGACAAUAAAGUGUUGGAAGACAUGAAGAAGAGGGGGGUGGAGUUCCUGCAUGUGUACUGUGUGGACAACAUCCUGGUCAAGAUGGCCGACCCUGUGUUUAUUGGUUUCUGCGUGUCCAAAGGGGCUGACUGCGGCGCCAAGGUGGUUGAAAAGACACACCCUGCUGAGCCAGUGGGCGUGGUCUGCAGAGUGGGAGGGAUCCCCCAGGUGGUAGAGUACAGCGAGAUCCAGCUAGAGACGGCUGACCUCCGGGAACCUGGAGGGGGAUUAGUUUACAGUGCUGGCAACAUCUGCAAUCACUUCUUCACCAGGACCUUUCUGCAGGAUGUGGCAGAGAAAUUUGAGAGUCAACUGAAGCAACACGUUGCUGUAAAGAAAGUGCCAUAUGUGGACACUCAUGGCAACCAAGUAACUCCCACUAAACCCAAUGGCAUAAAGAUGGAAAAAUUUGUUUUCGAUGUCUUCCCAUUUUCAAGGAACUUUGUAGUGUUUGAGGCCAUGAGGGAGGAAGAGUUUUCCCCCCUGAAAAACGCAGACGGUGCAGCCGCUGACAGCCCGACAACAGCCAGGAACUCCUUUCUGGCUCAGCACUGUCGGUGGGCUUUAUCAGCUGGAGCCACACUACUGGAUGAACAUGGGAACUCCAUCCCAGCCACAGCCAGUGGUGUAUCAUCAGGGAAGAGCCCUCUGGCCUUAUGUGAAAUUUCCCCCCUGGUCUCAUACUUUGGAGAGGGCCUGGAGCCUCUCCUGAAAGGGAAAAAGCUGGCGACUCCGUUCAUUUUGAACAUAAAAAUGGCAGAAGAGCUACAAAACCAGUCCUGAGAGUUGCAGUGGUUGCAGCGUGGAGAUGACGGCCUGUGAUGAUGGCUGGGGGUGCUUCAACUCAAGACUGUUACAAUUUUUUUUUUCAGUUGUUUUUAAAACUGAAAAAUGAAAGUAAUUGUUUGACAGCAAAUGUAUGUGAAAUGAAAAGAGCUGAUUAUAGAAAUAUUUUCCACUUUUUCAACAAAUUGAAAAAAUAAAACUUCAAAAUGGAAGGAGCGUAA